AUGUCGCUGUCCCAAGGAUCGCCACAGAAGAAGCGACACCACCACGACGGCCUAACGUCACCAAAGUCGUUCUCCAAUCCGUCCUCGCCCACCAAGAAGUUGAAGAAGAGCAAAUACGCAAAUGCUCCCUCUGCGAUGUUGUCGAAUGCGGACGAACUUCUUCGUUCUGUUUCUGCGUCCCCUUCCAAAGCGUUGGGAUCCUCUUCACGCUCGGCACCACCAUCACCCUCCCGCAGCAAUCAUGCUUCCACCUCCAACGGCUCCGACCCAGCAGCCUGGAUCAGAGAUGCCCUCAAGAACGUCGACCAGCGCAUCCUCGAUUCUCGCACAGCACUGCCCAUCACUUCCGGCAAGGAAGCCAUCAUCGAAGCCGUACGCAACAACGACACGGUCGUCAUCCUCGGUGAGACGGGUUCCGGCAAAACCACCCAGAUUCCGCAAUUCCUCUUCGAAGCGGGCUUUGCACGCCGGGCGCCAAUUCAGAUGAUCGGCGUCACACAGCCCAGACGAGUCGCCGCAACCUCUCUGGCUCGACGUGUUGCGGUCGAGAUGGGUCAGCCUGAUCCUGCAGUGCUGCCCAGCGUCAAGGGCAAGGCAAGAACCGCCGCAGGUGGGCUGGUAGGCUACAGCAUUCGCUUCGAGGAUCGCACCACGCGCAACACUCGCGUCAAGUUCAUGACCGACGGUAUGGUGUUGCGAGAGAUGAUCGGUGAUGCUGCAGCUAGCUCGACCAAUUCUGCCAGCGCAAGCUCGCCGGCGUUACGGUCCAAUUUGCUGCUCAAGUACUCGGUUUUGAUCAUCGACGAAGCACACGAAAGGACAUUGCGAACGGAUCAGGUACUAGGUCUCGCAAAAAGGAUACAGCGCGAGAGGAAGGCGAUCCGCCAAUCUUGGAUCGCACGUGGUAAACCAUCCGGCGAGCCAGAGGUGACCGAACUCAAGAUCAUCGUCAUGUCUGCCACACUCGAUGCCGAUCGAUUUGCCAACUUUUUCGCGACACCCUCCACCGCUCUUGCCGUGAGCCCGAGCAUCGCUGAUUCCAAAAUCCUCGUCGCUGCCAACGGUAAGCAAGAAGUGCCCAUUCUCUACGUCAAAGGGCGUCAGCACGAGGUCACCAUGUUUCACACCGAUCAACCCGCACAAGAAUGGACCGAUGCCGCACUGCGCACCGUGCUCCAGAUCCACGUCUCCCGCCCACCCGGUGACAUUCUCGUCUUCAUGACCGGUCAAGAAGAGAUCGACACCCUGGCGCGCUCACUCGAGCUCUACUCUUCCGAACUUCCUGCUUGGGCCGAGGCGGAAGGGAAACAGCUUCCCAUGGCGGUCAUGAUCGCACCGCUCUACGCAGCUCUCGGUCCCAGUGCCAGCGCAAAGGUGUUCGGUCCGACGCCGCCUCGCACGCGCAAGAUUGUGCUGGCGACCAACAUUGCGGAAACGAGUAUCACCAUUCCCGGCAUCGUCUUUGUGGUCGAUUGCGGGUUGGCGAAGGAGAAAAUGUAUACGCCGGGCACGGCAGUGGAGACGCUUCAGGUACAGGAGAUCAGUCAAUCUGCGGCGAGGCAGAGAGCGGGUCGUGCGGGUCGUGAGCGUGCGGGAGAGUGUUAUCGGCUGUACACUCAGGAGGCGUUUCAGAAUCUGCCGUUGGCAGGUACACCCGAGAUCGUUCGUACGGACCUGGCGGCGGCUGUUUUGCAGCUUUGCGCUAUGGGUCAGGACCCGUACACGUUCGACUGGCUGGAUCAACCCGAUCGUAUUGGUCUGCAGGAAUCCGUGCUCCAACUGAUCCAGCUCGGCGCGCUCAAGAUCGAAGCCGUCCCUCCUACACCGACCAGCAACGGCCAAGUCAACGGUAAACAAGCCAAAACAUCUGCAAAACUAGCCCUCACGCCGAUCGGAAGCAAGAUGGCCAUGCUUCCCGUAUCACCCGCCUAUUCACGGUCGCUCAUCGCUGCCGCCGACCGCGGACCUACUGUAGCACGACAGACGCGCGAUCUGAUCGCCAUCCUCUCUUCGGACCGUUCGAUCCUCAUCGAACCUUCCGACCCUGAAAAGCGAGACGAGGCCAACCGCGCCAAAUCCACGUUCGUGCAUCCUACGGGGGAUCAUGCAACACUCUUGACCGUGUUGUACUCGUAUCUUGCCGAAGUGGACAAGUCACGCUCCAUGGCCAAGGGUAGGAAACUCGAGGGGAAAGUGGAUGUGAAGGUGGUCGAGAAGGAAGCGAGGGAAGGAGUGAAAGCGUGGUGUAGCAACCACUAUGUGUACGAAAAGGCGGUCAAGAACGUCUUGCACAUCAGGAAGCAAUUGAGGAACAUCUGUAGACAGCAAAAGAUUGUCUGCGAUGAUGAUCCGGAUCAGCUCGUCAACGGGGCCGAUGCAGAAUCAGAUCCAGACAACCUUGAUUCAGACUCGGACACCUCUUCAUCAUCGCAACCCAAUCGAGACGGUCUUUUCGUCACUCGCAAGCCGACCUCCACAGUGACACAAGAUACCGAAGAAGACCAACACUACAUCGGUCUACGACAAUCGCUCCUCGAAGGACGCAUAUCCAACGCGGCGCUGAAGAACCCUUCGGCACCUAAUACAUUCAAACGCAUCAUCACGUCCGCAUCCUCCAGCGGGUUGUUCAAAGUUCACCCUUCGUCGACGUUGCAUCCGAGCAAAAUGGCGAGGGAGGGAGGCGGGAGGAAGAUGGACGCGAUCCUGUUUGAGGAGUUGGUGUUUACGAGUCAGACGUUUGCUAGAACGGUCAGUACGAUCGAGCCUAGUUGGUUGCAAGAGUUUGCGCAACGCGGGUGA